GCACGCGCAGGAGCAGCGCCGGCUCAGCCGCCAGUAGGAAGCGCCAGUCCCGAGCCGGGGAAGUGGCCGCAGAGGCUGCUCGGCCCCGCUGCCCACCAGGUCGUGGGCUCCCGCUCCGGGCCCGGGGCCACCGGCUGUGGACUUCAAAAUGAGUGUCCCUGACUACAUGCAGUGUGCUGAGGACCACCAGACGCUGCUCGUGGUGGUCCAGCCUGUGGGCAUCGUCUCUGAGGAGAACUUCUUCAGGAUCUAUAAGAGGAUUUGCUCUGUGAGUCAGAUCAGCGUGCGGGACUCCCAGCGAGUCCUGUACAUCCGCUACCGGCACCACUACCCACCCGAGAACAACGAGUGGGGUGACUUCCAGACCCACCGCAAAGUCGUGGGCCUCAUCACCAUCACAGACUGCUUCUCAACCAAGGAUUGGCCGCAGACCUUCGAGAAGUUCCAUGUGCAGAAGGAGAUCUAUGGCUCCACGCUGUACGACUCCCGGCUCUUUGUCUUCGGGCUGCAGGGGGAGAUCGCCGAGCAGGCACGCACUGAUGUGGCCUUCUACCCCAACUACGAAGACUGCCAGACGGUGGAGAAGAGAAUCGAGGACUUCAUUGAGUCCCUGUUCAUUGUGCUGGAGUCCAAGCGUCUGGACAGAGCCACAGACAAGUCUGGGGAUAAGAUCCCCCUUCUCUGUGUCCCGUUUGAGAAAAAGGACUUUGUAGGACUGGACACAGACAGCAGACAUUACAAGAAGCGGUGCCAAGGCCGAAUGCGGAAGCACGUGGGAGACCUGUGCCUGCAGGCGGGGAUGCUGCAGGACUCGCUGGUGCAUUACCACAUGUCGGUGGAGCUGCUCCGCUCUGUCAAUGACUUUCUGUGGCUUGGAGCUGCCCUGGAAGGAUUGUGUUCAGCUUCUGUCAUCUAUCACUAUCCUGGUGGAACUGGCGGUAAGAGUGGAGCUCGGAGGUUCCAGGGCAGCACACUUCCUGCAGAAGCAGCCAACAGACACCGGCCAGGGGCACAGGAAGUUCUCAUUGACCCAGGUGCCCUCACCACCAAUGGCAUCAAUCCCGACACCAGCACUGAGAUUGGACGUGCUAAGAACUGCCUUAGCCCCGAAGACAUAAUUGACAAGUAUAAAGAGGCCAUUUCCUAUUACAGCAAGUAUAAGAAUGCUGGAGUGAUUGAGUUGGAAGCGUGCAUCAAGGCUGUACGUGUCCUUGCAAUUCAGAAACGGAGCAUGGAAGCAUCAGAAUUUCUUCAGAACGCAGUGUACAUUAACCUUCGGCAGCUUUCUGAGGAAGAGAAAAUUCAGCGCUACAGCAUCCUCUCUGAGCUCUAUGAGCUGAUCGGCUUCCAUCGCAAGUCUGCGUUCUUCAAGCGCGUGGCCGCCAUGCAGUGCGUGGCCCCCAGCAUCGCGGAGCCUGGGUGGAGGGCUUGCUACAAACUCCUCCUGGAAACGCUCCCCGGCUACAGUCUGUCACUGGAUCCAAAAGACUUCAGCAGAGGCACGCACAGAGGCUGGGCCGCGGUCCAGAUGCGUUUGCUCCAUGAAUUGGUCUACGCCUCCCGAAGGAUGGGGAACCCUGCCCUCUCUGUCAGACACCUGUCCUUCCUUCUACAGACCAUGCUGGACUUCUUGUCGGAUCAGGAAAAGAAAGAUGUGACUCAAAGCCUAGAGAACUAUACGUCCAAGUGUCCUGGGACCAUGGAGCCCAUCGCGCUCCCUGGCGGCCUCACCCUGCCUCCGGUGCCCUUCACCAAGCUUCCCAUCGUCAGGCAUGUGAAACUGUUGAACCUCCCUGCGAGCCUCCGGCCACACAAGGUGAAAAGCUUGCUGGGUCAGAACAUGUCGACCAAAAGUCCCUUCAUCUAUUCACCAAUUAUCGCACACAACCGUGGAGAAGAACGCAGCAAGAAAAUAGAUUUCCAGUGGGUUCAAGGAGACGUGUGUGAAGUUCAGCUGAUGGUAUACAACCCAAUGCCAUUUGAACUUCGAGUUGAAAACAUGGGGCUGCUCACCAGUGGAGUGGAGUUCGAGUCUCUCCCUGCGGCACUUUCUCUUCCGGCUGAAUCUGGUCUGUACCCAGUGACGCUAGUCGGGGUCCCGCAGACAACGGGAACAAUUACUGUGAAUGGUUACCAUACCACAGUCUUUGGUGUGUUCAGUGACUGUCUGCUGGAUAAUCUGCCAGGUAUCAAAACCAGUGGCUCCACUGUCGAAGUCAUUCCCGCCUUGCCGAGACUGCAGAUCAGCACCUCUCUGCCCAGAUCUGCACAUUCAUUGCAACCUUCUUCUGGUGAUGAAGUAUCUACUAAUGUAUCUGUCCAACUUUACAAUGGAGAAAGUCAGCAACUAAUCAUUAAAUUGGAGAAUAUUGGAAUGGAGCCACUGGAGAAACUGGAGGUCACCUCGAAAGUUCUCACCACUAAAGAAAAAUUGUACGGCGACUUCUUGAGCUGGAAGCUGGAGGAAACCCUUGCCCAGUUCCCUUUGCUGCCUGGGAAGGUGGCCACAUUCACAAUCAACAUCAAAGUGAAGCUGGAUUUCUCCUGCCAGGAGAAUCUCCUACAGGAUCUCAGUGAUGAUGGAAUCAGUGUGAGUGGUUUUCCCCUGUCCAGUCCUUUUCGGCAGGUGGUUCGGCCCCGAGUGGAGGGCAAACCUGUGAACCCACCCGAGAGCAGCAAAGCAGGUGACUACAGCCACGUCAAGACCCUGGAAGCUGUCCUGAAUUUCAAAUACUCUGGAGGCCCAGGCCACACUGAAGGAUAUUACAGGAAUCUCUCCCUGGGGCUGCAUGUAGAAGUUGAACCGUCUGUGUUUUUCACCCGAGUCAGUACCCUCCCAGCAUCCAGCACCCGGCAGUGCCACCUGCUCCUGGAUGUCUUCAACUCCACGGAGCAUGAGCUGACCGUCAGCACCAGGAGCAGCGAGGUGCUCAUCCUGCACGCCGGCGAGUGCCAGCGGAUGGCUAUUCAAGUGGACAAGUUCAACUUUGAGAGUUUCCCGGAGUCCCCUGGGGAGAAGGGGCAAUUCGCAAAUCCCAAGCAGCUGGAGGAAGAGCGGCGGGAAGCCCGAGGCCUGGAGAUCCACAGCAAGCUGGGCAUCCACUGGAGAAUCCCCUCCCUGAAGCGCAGCGGCGAGGCCAGUGUGGAAGGACUCCUGAACCAACUCGUCCUGGAGCACCUGCAGCUGGCACCUCUGCAGUGGGAUGUGCUGGUAGACGGACAGCUGUGUGACCGUGAGGCUGUGGCGGCCUGCCAGGUGGGCGACCCCGUGCGCCUGGAGGUGCGGCUGACCAACCAGAGCCCACGCAGCGUCGGGCCCUUCGCCCUCACCGUGGUCCCCUUCCAGGACCACCAGAACGGCGUGCACAACUACGACCUGCGUGACACCGUCUCCUUCGUGGGCUCCAGCACCUUCUAUCUCGACGCGGUGCAGCCGUCUGGCCAGUCGGCCUGCCUCGGGGCCCUCCUGUUCCUCUACACAGGCGACUUCUUUCUCCACAUCCGGUUCCACGAAGACAGCACCAGCAAGGAGCUGCCGCCCUCGUGGUUCUGCCUGCCCAGCGUGCACGUGCGCGCCCUGGAGGUGCAGGCCUGAGCCCGCCCAUGACCGUCCCUCUUUCUGCAGGCCCAGCGGUGACCCUGCCUGGCCUCCCACACCCCCUGCGAUGAGCAAGGCCUUUGCUGCAGCCCCGUCUCCACCUCCUGCCCCACCCCCACUCAGCCCUCUGCUCACAUUCCUCCUGUAGCGCUUUUGCUGGGGCCACGCAGAAGCCCCCAGACAUGGCAGCCCCACCCCAUGCCACACCCCUUCCCACACUGUUCCCUGGACCAUGCCCAGGCUGGUGCGGAGUAAACACCAGAGCGGGGGCCCAUCCAGCCCAGGUCCCAGGAUCCCUGCACCCGUUCCUGUGACCUGGGGCCCCAGCCGCACUGUGCUGCUCUCACCCCGGCAGAGGGACCUCCCUCAUCCAGCCACCUCCCUUUGGCCGUAGAAAGAAACGGUGAGCAUGAGGCUGGGCAUGUCCUAAGGGUGUGGGCAGCUUCCCUCCCUCCCUGGGCCUUGGAAUCCCCCAAGGCUGGUUCUCUUCCUGGAGAGCCCAUGGCACCUUGGCAGGAGAGAUGGUGCUGUAGGUGGUCGUGGAUGGUUGACACCAAGAGGGGCCUUCCACCAUGGUAGGCAAAUGUCCAGGCCUGGGCUGGCUGCUCCAAAGCCCAGGGCUGUUUCUGGGUGCCCCAGGGUGGGCUCUGGGUACAGUGGCUAUGUGUGUCCAUGUCUGCAAGCAGUUCUUCAAUAAAUGGCCUGCCUCCUCCUCCCUGCCUUCCUGCA